AUGGAGGAGAAACCAUACCUCACUCGUCGGAAUAGGUGGCCGGAGGAGAGAGAUCGAACGGUACGAAGUUCUGUAAAAAAUCGGCCUGUUUUCAGGCUUAUUCCGGAAGUUUGCGACGGUUCCCAGGGUGGAGAUGGGUUGGAAGUGGAAGUGGAGAGUGGCCCAGUUUGUUCGUUUGGGACCGGUGCCGUCGAUCGGGGUGGCCGGAGAUGGCGGCUGUGUUGGUGGUUUCCGUCUAGGUGA